UCAGAUCGAAUUUUCCUCGACUACUCAGCCAAGCCAAAGUUGUUGGCAAUAACUCUCUUGUUCUGUCUCUCUCUCUCUCACUGCGGACAAGUGCCAUCCUCGAUCAUCAGUCGCUGCUCCGUUCACCCGCAUCCCCCCUCCCCCUCCCGUCCUGCCGAACUCCGCCGGCUACGGACCAGUGCGUUCGGGCAGGCCAUCAUUGGCGGCGGUCACCUGUUGAAGUCCGAUCACCGGAACCCUAGCUCCCAUAGUUUCCAAUUUCAAUUCUGGUCAUUGACUGCCAAUUAAGCAGUUGGGUCCUAGUCCUAUUGCGGAGUUGUGUUUAGGAGAGCGAUCAAGUGAUCGGCUCCGUCAACACACGGUGGGCUGUUGCUUCGUCUCUCUGAUGAGCGCAGGCUCUAGGAAGAGAGGACAACAGCCAUGCAGAAACGGAGCCCGCCAAAGCACCGACAUGAUGGGACUUCGCCGCUGCCGCUGGGGAUGGAGUGGAGCCCCCCGCCUCGAAAAUGGAAUGGCCAGGACACUGUGUGGCCGCAUGAUCAUCGGACUGGAUGGAGCUACUGCGUGACGAUACCAUCAUGGGUCGUGCUGCCAAAGUCAAGGGAUUCGGAUCCUGUUGUGUUUUACAGGGUUCAGGUUGGUGUGCAAUCUCCAGAGGGGAUCACUGUAACACGUGCAGUGCUAAGAAGAUUCAAUGAUUUCUUAAAGUUGUUUACUGAUCUUAAAAGGUCAUUUCCAAAGAAAAAUCUCCCUCCAGCUCCUCCAAAGGGACUCUUGCGGAUGAUGAGCAGGGCUUUGUUAGACGAGAGAAGGAGCUCUUUGGAGGAGUGGAUGACAAAGCUGUUUUCUGAUAUUGACAUAUCCAGGAGCUUUUCAGUGGCAGCUUUUCUUGAACUGGAAGCUGCUGCUAGAUCUUCAUUUCAAGAUGCAAAUUCAAAUUCAGCAGAGGCAUUAGGUUAUGCAAAUAGCACAUCCUUGUCAACCCAACUGAAUCCUGAUUCAAGCUUAUCAGCCAUUUCUGCUCGUUCGUCUGUAACGCCAGAGUAUGGCAGUGACACUGCGUAUGAGACAUCUGACCUUGGAACACCAAGGCUAGGAAGAGAUGAUAUUUCUGAGAUGGGCAUGGAGGAUUUAACCUUGGAUGAAGGCUUUUCAAAUCCAAUAGAGAAACUUGUCAAAUAUGGCGUCUCGAAUAUUGAUGAGGGCCUGUUCAUGGGUCAAGCUAUUCUGGAGCAGCUGGAAGGCUUGCCUAGAAAUAAAGUUCUAGUUAGCCAUGUGAAUGAUGCAUCUGGGAAGAAUCCUGAAAAUGGACACGCUUUAAGAGUUCCACACCUUCCUGGAGAUGACCUAAAACUUUUUUCAGAGCUUGAUAAUGUUAAAAGUAUGGGCCAUGCCCGGAAGCUCUCUGCUGAUAGUUCUGGCAGCGAUGUAAGCGGUACUAGAGGCAGUGAGAUAUCAAAUGUUGGGAUCUCUAACAUGUCCAGCAGUGGCUCUCAUUGCCUACCUGGAGGUGCGGAAAUAUUAAGUGCCACAGAUAUGCAAAGUUCUGCAGAGGGCCAAGUAAUCCUCCCAAUGGAUCAGCGUCACAAACUAAACAGAGUCCUUUUCACAUUGCAGCGGAGAUUAGUAACAGCUAAAACAGAUAUGGAGGAUCUUAUCAUUAGAUUGAAUCAGGAAAUUGCCGUGAGCGAUUACCUUAAGACUAAGGUUAAUGACUUGGUAGUGGAGCUUGACAGUACGAAACAGAAGAGCAUAGAAAAUCUGGAGCAAGCAAUAUUAGCUGAGAGGGAAAGGUAUACCCAGAUGCAGUGGGAUAUGGAGGAAUUACGACAGAAGUCCAUCACGAUGGAAUUGAAGUUAAAGUCAAAGCAGGAUGGAGAGUCAAGCUCUGUGUCAGCUGCUGACCAAGAGAAGGAUAAGUUACUUAAGGAGUUGGAUUCAACAAAAGAAUACCUUGGGGAUUUGCAGAAAAGAUAUGGAGAACUAGAAGCACGAUCUAAAGCAGAUGUUAAAGUUUUAGUUAAAGAAGUGAAGUCCCUUAGAAGCUCCCAAACCCAUUUGAAGAAGGAGCUUGCAUUAUCCGAAGAGGAGAAGUCUAAACUGGAGAAACACCUUGAAGAGGAGAAAGAAAUGAAUGGUUGGUCAAAAACAGCUUGGAGGAAGCUUCUGCAGGAAUGUGAAAGUCUUCGCAAUAUAAUGGAGGAGUUCAGUAUUAACGACUUGUUGGGAGAUGUAAAAGCUGCAACUGAUUCCUCUUCUGCUGUCGCCCUAAUAAUCUCGCAGGCUCGAUUGUUGGUCCAAGAUGUCUACUCUGACUCUCCCAGUGCCGAUGGAGUUGAUGGGAUGGAGCACAAGCUCAGGAAGGUCAUAUUGAAUAUUAUCAUCGGUAAUGCCGAAUUGAGAAGACAAGCGGAUUCUGUCCUGUACAGCUUUACCAAUCCAAAGCGCGAGGGAAAAGGUGAAGAGGUUUUUUCUGAAAAACCUGUUGUAGAUGAUGACUCUUUAGAAAGGUGAUGAUGAAGUUAGGGGUUUGAAUAUUAUAAUUUUUUCUUGUGGGUUUUAUUUAAAACAGUAAAUCCCGUGCCCGUGAUUUCUAUAUCACCUUAUUAUACAUUAUACGAUCUCUUCUCGACCUUUUUGUACGUUAUAAUGUCAGUGAAGGCAUGACAUGAGUCGGAUAUGUGUAAUUCCCACGCAAAGAAAAGUUUUUAUUGGUCAUUGAGUUCA